GUCUUGUAGAAAUUUGCCUGAUGCACCCUCUCGAUGUGGUGAAAACCAGGUUCCAGAUUCAGGGAGGCACAGCUGAUCCAAACCAUUACAAAAGCUUAGGAGACAGUUUUCGAGUGAUUUUCCGAACAGAAGGGUUGUUUGGAUUUUACAAGGGAAUUCUGCCACCCAUCCUUGCUGAAACACCAAAAAGAGCCGUGAAGUUUUUCACCUUUGAGCAGUACAAGAAAUUGCUGGGAUAUGUGUCACUGUCACCAGCAUUGACAUUUGCCAUUGCUGGACUGGGAUCUGGACUAACAGAAGCCGUCGUGGUUAACCCUUUUGAGGUAGUAAAAGUUGGCUUGCAAGCCAAUCGGAACUCAUUUGCAGAGCAACCAUCCACUAUGGGUUAUGCAAGACAUAUCAUUAAGACCGAAGGUUUGGGACUCCAGGGCCUCAACAAAGGAUUUACAGCUACUUUGGGACGUCAUGGGAUUUUCAACAUGAUUUAUUUUGGCUUCUAUUACAAUGUCAAAAACAUUGUUCCUGUCAACCAGGAUCCAACCUGGGAGUUUUUGAGAAAAUUUGGGAUUGGUCUUCUCUCGGGGACAAUAGCCUCAGUCAUGAACAUCCCUUUUGAUGUUGCCAAAAGUAGGAUUCAAGGGCCUCAGCCAGUUCCUGGACAGAUCAAGUACAGAACCUGUUUUAAAACAAUGGCAACCAUCUACCAGGAAGAAGGGUUUUUUGCUUUGUACAAAGGUCUGAUUCCCAAGAUUAUGAGACUUGGACCAGGUGGUGCAGUGAUGCUGCUGGUUUAUGAAUACACGUAUUCAUGGCUUCAGGAGAACUGACUGGGAACUCCAGAUGUCAUUGAGAGUUUUAUAAGAUCAAAGGAAGACUAUGGCCCUGAGAGUUCCUCUGCUUCUUCUUCUCCUGAAGUUAUAAUCCUCUGUUUGUAGCACUGAAUUUCGGUUGCUUUAGAAAUAAAAUGCAGUUCAAAGUUCUCUGUAAGAUAUCUGCUGCUUGGAAAAAGCAGUUCCUUGAACUUAACUUGUGUGUCAGAAAUCUCCUUACUGUUUAUAUCUUAGUGAUUUCAAAAACCUAGCUAAUCUAGCCAUCUGAGUUUCAAAUAAAGCCAUGAAACCGAUGUGGCAGAACUGGAUUGCCCAUGUAGACCGUGCACAGCACAGACAAGAAGAAAUCAAAAUGACCUAACAAAUGCAUGCUCAACAUCCAUACCUAGUGAUGUGCCCUUUUACCUAUUGCACAGAAUUAACACCAAAAAUAACCCGCAAUAUAUUAACAAUUCCAAUAGAUGAAUUGUACCAAAAAUUUUAAAGGUAUUUUCAAGCCUAUAUUGCCAAGCAAGGAAGAACUUUCUAAACAGAAGAGAUUAAAAA